AUGCCCGCGUCUGUGUCACAAUCUAGCUAUUGUUAUCCUUCUGAAGAUCCAGCUAAUGGUUUAUCAGGGUAUGAUCAUGACAAUAAAGCAGAAGAACAAUAUAUAGAAGAAGCUAGUCGUAAUAAUGAGGAGUCGGCUUAUCCUGCUGAAGCAUAUGAAGUUUCAGACUAUGAACAUCAACUUCCCAUAUCUUCUUUUUAUUCUUCUGAGCAUGUUCUAAACAACUGUGAAAAGGGUAAAAGCCGUAGUGAUCUUGAUUCAAAAACAGAAAGUCCUUAUGGAUCACACUCGGAUGAUUCUAAUAAAUAUGGUUUUGGUGUGGGCACGGGCGACGAUUAUUUCUCUAGCGAAAGAGUUAAUUAUAGUUUGAAUUAUCCGCAUACUCCUGGUGGUGGUAAUCAGCGUUCGCGAACAAUUUAUACCGCAUGGAGUUCUGAUAACCAAAUCCCUGUAUCCAAAGAAGAAAUUGAGGACAUCUUCAUUGAUCUUACCAAUAAAUUUGGUUUUCAAAAAGAUAGUAUGCGCAACAUGUUUGACCAUUUCAUGUGCAUAUUAGAUUCUCGCGCUUCUCGAAUGGCCCCAUCGCAGGCUUUAAUGACCCUUCAUGCCGAUUAUAUUGGUGGAGAGCAUGCUAAUUAUCGCAAGUGGUAUUUUGCAACCCACAUGUAUUUGGAUGAUGCUCUCUCUGAUGUAAGCGCUGGAAUAACUUUCCAAGAUCCAAUCAAUGGCAAUUUUUACGAACAGUGGAAUCAACGCAUGAACCGAAUGUCACAAUAUGACCGUAUUCGCCAACUCGCGUUAUGGCUUUUAUUAUGGGGUGAAGCUGCUCAGAUUCGCUUUACUAGUGAAUGCUUGUGCUUUAUAUUUAAAUUGGCUGAUGAUUAUGCAAAAAGUCCUGAAUAUAAAGCAAAAAUACAGCCUGUUCCUGAAGGUGAAUAUCUUAAGAAUGUCAUUACUCCACUCUACAGAUACAUUCGUGAUCAAAGUUAUAAAAUUAUUGAUGGAACUUUCAUCAAGAAAGAAAAAGAUCACGCAGAUACAGUCGGUUAUGAUGACGUAAAUCAAUUAUUUUGGAAUCCUGAGAGUAUUAAUCGUAUUAUGUUACAAGAUAGAAGAACCCCUCUCAUGGCUUUACUUUCAAGUCAACGCUAUAAAAUGCUUUCUGAAGUAAAUUGGAACCGUGUUUUUGAAAAAACUUAUAAGGAAAGACGAACAUGGCUUCACCUUGCUGUCAAUUUUACGCGUAUAUGGAUUAUUCAUGUUGCAACCUUUUGGUAUUAUACAGCUUAUAAUGCGCCAUUCCUUUAUACAGACCCCAAAAAACCGGAGCUUGCGGUUCAAUUGUCAAUCGUAGCUUUUGGUGGGGCAGUGUCCACCUUGAUCAUGAUUGUUGGAUGCAUUUGUGAAUUCUUCUUUAUUCCUCUGAAUACCGAGAGUAUCUCAAUGUUAUUACGACGUCUAACUUAUUUGUUUAUCAUUCUGGUCAUUAACACUGCACCUACAUACUAUAUUGUCAUAAAAGCACGUACUACACAGUUAUCCUUGGUGAUUGGGAUAACUCAAUUGUUCAUUUCAUUGUUAACAACAUUGGCUUUUGCCAUGAUUCCAAGUGCUAACUUGUUAGGUGGUCUAUCAAAAAGUUCUCAAAAAUAUCAAGCAUUCAAGACAUAUACUGCCAGUUAUCCUGUACUCAAUCGUACCGACCGUACGAUAUCCAUUGGCCUUUGGUGUUGUGUAUUUGGUUGCAAAAUGAUUGAGUCCUAUUUUUUCUUAUCACUUUCUUUUAAAGAUCCACUUAAAGCAAUGGCAAACAGUAGAGUUUUGGAUUGUGGUGAUAGACUUGCUGGUGGAAUUAUUUGUUCUUAUAUGCCAGUAAUGUCCAUUAUUAUUAUGUUUUUUAUGGAUCUUGUACUUUUUUUCUUGGACACAUACCUUUGGUAUGUCAUCUGGAAAACUAUUUUUUCCGUGAUUCGAUCAUUUUAUCUUGGUAUUUCUAUUUGGACACCUUGGCAAAACAUCUUUUCCAUGUUACCUAAACGGAUAUACGCAAAGCUUUUGGCCACGUAUAACAUAAAGUUCAAACAUAAACCAAAAGCUCUAAUAUCACAAGUCUGGAACGCUAUAAUUAUUUCUAUGUAUAGAGAACAUUUACUAUCUUCUGAUAAUGUACAAAGAUUACUGUACCAGCAGGUUCUUUCUGAUAAUGGAAAACGAACUUUAAAAACACCAAUGCUCUUUACAUCCAAUAAAUCAAAUCGAGAAGAAUAUUUUCCAUCAUCGAGUGAGGCCGAACGUCGUAUUUUAUUUUUUGCGCAAAGUUUAUCAACAUCAAUUCCAAAUCCUUUACCUGUACAAAAUAUGCCUACUUUCACCGUGUUAACACCUCAUUACUCUGAAAAGAUUCUUCUUUCACUUCGUGAAAUUAUUCGUGAAGAAGACCAAAACACUCGAGUAACUUUGAUUGAAUACCUAAAACAACUCCAUCCAAUUGAAUGGGAUAAUUUUGUCAAAGACACAAAGAUUUUGGCCGAAGGACAUGACUUGAAUGCAGUUCCAGAUCAAUUUAGAAAUGAUUAUUCAAAGGAAAUGAAAAAUAAAAAGUUAGAUGAUUUACCAUUUUAUUCUAUUGGUUUUAAGUCUUCUGCUCCUGAAUUUACAUUACGCACUCGUAUGUGGGCUUCACUUCGUUCACAAACUUUAUAUCGAACAAUUUCUGGGUUCAUGAAUUAUUCAAAGGCGAUUAAACUUUUAUACUCUAUUGAAAAUCCGGAGGUUUCGACAAUGUUUAAUAAUAAUCUAGAAAAACUUGAAGAAGAGUUAAAUUCUAUGGCUAAUCGCAAAUUUAAGUUCUUAGUCUCCAUGCAACAAUAUAAUAAAUUUAGUGAAGAAGAAAAAGAAAAUGUGGAGUUCUUGUUACGCGUGUACCCAAACCUUCAGAUCGCUUACCUUGAUGAAGUUCCUUCUGAAAAUGAAGAAGAAUCAAAAGUAUUCUCUGUGUUAAUCGAUGGCUAUUGUGAGAUUUUACCUGAUGGUAAACGAAAACCAAAAUACUGUAUCCAACUUCCUGGUAAUCCUAUACUUGGAGAUGGUAAAUCAGAUAAUCAAAACCAUUCUAUAAUCUUCUGUCGUGGUGAAUAUCUUCAAUUGGUGGACGCGAAUCAAGAUAACUAUCUUGAAGAAUGUCUUAAAAUUCGUAAUAUUCUUGGAGAAUUUGAACAAUAUAAUAUGCCAAAGACCUCUCCAUAUUCACCUGCUGCUAAUGAUAUUUCCGUGGCUAUUGUUGGUGCUCGUGAAUAUAUCUUUUCAGAAAAUUAUGGCAUACUUGGAGAUGUUGCAGCUGGUAAAGAAUGGACUUUUAGUACUCUAACUCAACGCAUAACAGCAAGAAUAGGCGGCAGAUUGCAUUAUGGACACCCUGAUUUCUUAAAUUUUAUAUUCAUGACAACUCGUGGUGGUAUAUCCAAAGCUCAAAAAGGUUUACAUCUUAAUGAGGACAUUUACGCUGGUAUUAACGCAUUUAAUCGCGGUGGACGUAUAAAACAUGCAGAAUAUUAUCAAUGUGGUAAAGGCCGUGAUCUUGGUUUUAGUUCUAUUCUUAAUUUUACUACUAAGAUUAGUACUGGUAUGGGUGAGCAAAUGUUGUCACGAGAAUAUUAUUAUCUUGGAACACAACUUCCUUUAGAUCGGUUUUUGACAUUCUAUUAUGCACAUCCUGGUUUUCAUGUGAACAACAUUUUCAUAAUGCUGUCGGUACAAUUAUUCAUGUUUGGUAUGAUGUUCAUUGGCUCAAUGGCUUCAACUUUAACUUUAUGCGACUUUAAUCCGGAUCCAACAGUUCCACUUAAUCCGCCUGGAUGUCAUAAUCUUUUCCCUGUUUUUGAUUGGAUUAAACGAUCAAUAAUUUCUAUCUUUAUUGUAUUUUUUGUGGCAUUUUUACCACUGUUCCUGCAAGAAUUGACAGAAAAGGGGUUUUUCCGCAGUAUAAUUCGUCUUGUCAAACAUUUGAUGUCGUUAUCACCAUUCUUUGAAGUUUUUAAUACUCAAAUUUGCGCCAGUAGUAUAAUGUCAAAUCUUAACUUUGGUGGAGCUCGUUAUAUUGCUACUGGACGAAGAUUUGCUACUUCUCGUAUCCCAUUUUCGAUUUUAUACUCACGGUUUGCUGGACCUAGCAUUUACUUUGGAAUGAGAAUCUUAUUAAUAUUACUUUUUGUCACAAUGACAAUGUGGUUACCGCAUCUUAUAUAUUUUUGGGUUACAGUUAUAGCUUUAUCUAUUUCACCAUUCCUUUUUAAUCCACAUCAAUUUUCUCUUUCUGAAUUUAUCAUUGAUUACCGAGAAUUCUUAAGGUGGAUGUCACGUGGAAAUUCCAAAUCUCACACCAAUUCUUGGAUCGCUUACUGUCGUGUAUCCAGGACAAUGAUUACUGGUAAUAAGCGGAAACGAUUAGGUCAUCCUUCAGAGAAAUUAGUUGAUACUCCUCGACCAAAUUUUGCAGUUAUUUUUGUACCGGAAAUCUUAACACCGUUUAUAUCAGCAGCACUUUGUAUAAUAGCCUUUAUGUUUGUAAAGAGUUUCGAUCCUUUAAAUCCUGGUACGCCAAACAAAGGUCCCAGUGCUCUCAUACGUAUUUGCGCUAUAGCUAUUGGACCAAUUAUAAUGAAUGCAGCAGCACUUGCCGGUCUUUUCUUUGUCUCAUGUUGCCUUGGACCGAUUAUGAACAGAUGUUUUAAAAGAUUUGGAUCAAUUAUCGCAGCUAUAGCACACGCCUGGGCAGUUCUUAAUUUAAUUGGAUCUUUUGAACUUUUAUGGUUUAUCGAAGUUUGGAACUUAAGUCAUGCUAUAUUAGGCAUGAUAGCUCUAACUGCUAUUCAAAGAUUUAUUUGCAAAUUCUUGAUCGUUGUUUUUUUGACACGAGAAUUUAAGCAUGAUGAAACAAAUCGAGCUUGGUGGACAGGAAAAUGGCAUGGACGUGGAUUUGGUGCGUCAAUAAUUACUCAACCUUUUCGUGAAUAUAUUUGUAAAAUCACCAAGCAAGCAAAUUAG